AUGCGGAAGCCUCAAAAGGCAGCGGGCAAGAAGAAGAAGGCGCAAAAGGCGCCAGCGGCGGCAGCAGCCGGCGCGCGCUCCGGUCCUGGCGGCAGCAGCAGCAUGGAUACAGACCCAGGCGAUGCCGGAGCGCCGUCGGUGUGGCGCCCCGGCUUGGACCCCGUCGGCGAGGAUGAGGAGCUUGACUACGACCCCACGGCCUACGAUUGCCUCCAUCGCUUCAACCUGGAGUGGCCCUGCCUGAGCUUCGACAUGCUACGCGACGACCUGGGGGCGCCGCGCGCCGCGUUCCCGCACACCGUUUUCAUGGUCGCCGGCACGCAGGCCGCGCAGGCGCGGCAGAACCACAUCGCGGUCCUCAAACUUGCCGCACUCGGCCAGGGCCGCCACGGCAAGCGCGACGGCAAGCGGCGGCGCGGCGGCGGUGACGACGACGAGUCCUCGAGUGACGAGAGCAGCAGCGGGUCGGAGGGCGGCAGCGACAGUGAAAUGGACGCGAGCGAUGACGAGGACGACAGGGAGCCGCCGGCGCGCAUGCACUACAGGCUGGUCCAGCAGAACAGCGGUGUGAACCGGAUACGGGCGAUGCCGCAGCGGCCAGGCGUUCUGGCGGUCUGGAACGACAACCGCCAGGUUCGCAUCCUGGACGUCAGCGCACAGCUGGCCGAGCUGGCCGCGGAGGAGCAGCUGCCAGCGGCAAAGCCCCAGAAGGUCACGCUCAACCCCCUGGCCAGCCACACCCACUCCAUGGAGGGCUUUGCCCUGGGGUGGUCCCCCGUCAAAGCCGGCCGCCUGGCCAGCGGCGACUGCAAGCGCCACCUACACGUGUGGGAGCCGGCCGAAGGCGGCGGCUGGGCGGUGAGCGGUGUGUACAAUGGCCACGAGGACAGCGUCGAGGACAUUGCCUGGAGCCACACAGAGGAGACCGUGUUUGCCAGCUGUGGCGUGGACAAAACGGUCCGAAUCUGGGACACGCGCGAGCGGGGGCGCAGCAUGCUCAGCGUGGCGGCGCACGACUGCGACGUCAACGUCAUCGGCUGGAACGCCUUGGUGACCUACAUGCUGGCGUCGGGCGGCGACGACGGCAGCCUGCGCAUCUGGGACUUGCGGGCGUUUAAGGACGGCGGCUUUGUCAGCCACUUUGCCUUCCACAAGGGCGCCGUCACGAGCGUGGAGUGGUCGCCGUACGAGUCGUCCAUGCUGGCGACGUCUGGUGCCGACAACAGCUUGGCAGUCUGGGACCUUGCGCUGGAGCGCGACCCUGAGGAGGAGGAGGCGCUGGCGCCAGAGGGCAACGCGGUGCCGCAGGAGGAGCUGCCCGCGCAGCUUCUUUUCGUUCACGCGGGCCAGGCUGACAUCAAGGAGCUGCACUGGCACGCGCAGAUUCCCGGCAUGAUUGGCUCCACGGCCGGUGACGGCUUCAACCUCUUCAGGCCCAGCAACCUCUGA